AUGCUUGAGCAAAGUGAUUACGCCCACCACACUUCUUGCAUGUUUUCCCUUCAGCCGGGCAUAUUUCGCCACGUCUUGCUACGUCGGCGGCACCGCGCCGCCGGUACCUACUGCGACGUGUGUGGCAAACGUUUCGGCGCUCUCAAGGCGUUCGAGAAUCACGUGAACUCGAAGAAGCAUCAGCAGGCUGUGGUCAUGGCUGAGUCCAGCGCACCAGCGGAGCCUGCUUCGUCGUCCGAAGUUAUCGCUAAUCCAAAGGCCGAGAGGAGUGAAAGCACCAGCAGUUGCAGCAGCAUGGUCGCCCGGAAGAAUGCAAAGAACGCGUCCGAACACGCUCCCCUGCCGGGGCAGAAAGCUCCCGCUCAACGCAUGCCGUGGACGAACAGGACGACGGCCGUGGCUGCCAUCGUCGCUGAAGACGACAGUGAUGACAGCGAGUGGGAGAGCAUUGAGGGUGAGGGUGCAGACGAAGAGAUCGACGAUGAAGAAGAGGAGGAAGUGAUGGAAGAUGACUCCGAGCGGGUGCCCCCCUCCGAGUGCCUGUUCUGUGGCAAGCAGAACGACAGCGUUGUUGCCAAUGUGGCCCACAUGGGGGAAGUGCACUCCUUCUUCAUCCCUGAUGCGGGGUACCUCGUGGAUGUCGAAGGCCUGCUGACGUACCUGGGCUACAAGUUGGGCGUUGGCCGGCUCUGCCUGUGGUGCAGCAAUGAACGGAGUGCCCCCUACGGGAGCCUGCAGGCCGUCCGACAGCACAUGCGGGACAAAGGCCCCUACAAAAUGGCACAGCCGAAAUAUGGAAUAUUAUUGGUACCGUGGCGCCCAUCAACCCAAUCGUCCAGUGGGGUCUUCAAGUGA